AUGAGUAGUCUACCUCAGCCUAAACGUCGUCGCCUUGACGAACCGUCCACGCUUUCCAAACCGUUCAAGCCUCCACUCCGCAAGCCUAUCGCCACCGGCCAGCCACCGAAACGCGCUCCCCAAACUCCAGAGGUAGUUCCGCUGGCCAGCGAUGAAGCACGUUUCAUGUCCGGAAGCCCAGAGUCCAAAACAAACCCAGGAUCCUUCUUGUCCUCACCGUUUACUUCCCCUGCCAACCAUCUACGCCGACCUAUUCCCCGGCACUCUGGUCUCUCAACACCGACACGAUCUCCCCUUGGAGAUCCAGAGGUAUUGGCAUUACAGCGACAGCAAAGUGUGCUACGAGGACGUCUGGCUUUACUUCGUUCGGAACUUGAUGCAGCAAACCAAGCCCUCCGCAUUGAAUCAUCGACCCAAGAUUCUGAACUGGCGGCUUUAAUCAUCAAAUGGCGACAUGUUAGCCAAAAAGCAGCCGAUGAAGUAUUUGAAGGUGCCCAGGAGCGAGUGAAACGCAUGGGUGGGAUGGCAGCUUGGAGAGAGCAAAGCAAGCGAGACACAUCUCGGUGGGAUUUCGAGAAUGAGGAUCAUGAGCGCGAACACGCGGAUGAAGAUGAAGAGCGACCAAUCUACUCGGAGGAUACUGAUGAGACUCCAGGCGUCUAUGAACAAGAGGAGGCAAGUCAACUAUCGCCAAUUCGUUCCUAUGGCUGGGAAGUUAUCUUUGGGGCUGACGCUAUUGGCUACAGGAAUUCACUAUGA